AAACUCUCAAAGAACGAUUACGAUGGUGCGAAGAGCUUCGUUAACAAGGCUCAACGUUUAUAUCCAAAUCUUGAUGGUUUGAAACAAGUCUCGAUGAUGAUCAAUGUUUACAAAUCUGCAUCAAACGGUGGAGGAGAUCAAGAAGCUGACUGGUACAAGAUUCUUAACGUGGAUCCUUUAGCUGAUGAUGAAGCGGUAAAGAGACAUUACAAACAGUUAGCUCUUUUGCUUCAUCCAGACAAGAACAAGUUCGAUGGUGCGUUUAAACUGGUUUUGGAUGCUUGGUGUUUGUUGUCUGAUAAGGUUAAGAGAGCUUCUUAUGAUCAAAGGAGGAAGCCUAAAGAAUUCAAGACUCAGAUGCAGAAACCAUCAAAACAACAACAAGAUGGUAAAGAGUAUGGUGAAUCAUCGUUCUAUAGGGAAAGCACUAGUGUUUGGCCAAAGUGCAGAAGAUGCAAGACACAAUUUGUCCAAUUUGUCAUGAAACUUUCAUUGUAACAGAGGAAACUCCAAAAGCAGCACCACCACCAAAGAAAAGAACCAAGAAAGCUUCUCAUCAUCAACAGCAACAACAAUGGACUAGUGUUGGCCAAAACAAAGUACCAAACGAAAGCACACAAAAAGAUACUUCUUCUGAGAGAAGUUCUGUUACUUUUACCUGGAAGUGUUCAUCAGUGUCAAUGAUAAAGACCUCAAAUCAAACAUCGAAACGAAGACUUGAGGAGUACGUCACUGCAGAGAAGAUUCCUAAGAAGGCCAGGACUUGUGUGUGACCUAAGAAUGGAACAAGGAGAGUUCUCGUUUCAUCGUCAAGGUGUAGUGUCCUAAUUUCUCAAAAAUUAUUUACAUUUUUUCAAAGUUGUUUCCAAUACAAAA